AGCACUGCCAGUCGCAUCCCGGAGCUGCGGAGCUCGGAUCCUCUCCCGGCCCGGCCCUCUCUCGCCCCACGCACCCCGCUGGGCGAUGGAGCCCUCCCCAGAAGCGCAGGAGGCGCGCACCGUGCGCGAGGCGCUGGGCCGCUACGAGGCGGCGCUGGAGGGCGCGGUGCGCGCGCUGCACGAGGACAUGCAGGGUCUGCAGCGCGGCGUGGAGCGGCGGGUGUCGGAGGCGCUGCGCCUGGCCGGCCCCCUGGCGCGCACGGUGGCCGAGCUGCAGCGGGACAACCAGCGGCUGCAGGCGCAGCUCGAGCGCCUGACGCGCCAGGUGGAGGCGCUGGGUUUGGCCAGCGGGAUGUCCCCGGCGCCUGGCACCCCGGGCACCCCCGGCACGCCCAGCCCCCCGCCCGCGCCCGGGGUCCCGGACCGUGCGCCCCGCCUGGGUAGCGCGCGCUUCGCCAGCCACGCCACCUUCUCGCUGUCCGGCCGCGGCCAGAGUCUGGAUUAUGACGAGGCCAGUGGGUCGGAGAUGAAAAAGGCCUUCAACUCCUGCAUCAUGGAAAACGGGCACCAGCUGGGGGCAGGUCCAGGCGAUGGCCCCUCCGAGGUUGCCCAAACUUUCCAGGCACCAGAUCCCCCCAGGCCUCGCCCUGUGAGUCUCUCCUUGCGGCUGCCCCACCAGCCAGUCACGGCUGUCACCCGAGUCUCUGACAGAUUCUCUGGGGAGAACUCAGCUGCGGCUCUAUCACCCACGUCUGCUGCCACCCUGGGGGGCCUCAACCCGAGCCCCAGCGAGGCCACCACGCCCUGGACUCCCAGUCCUAGCGAGAAGAGUUCCUCUUUCACGAGGUCUGUGUCAAGCUCUGGCUACGGGGCAGUGACAGCCAGCAAACACAGCGACAGCCCACCGCUGGUGACACCACCCCAGUCACCCGUGUCCCCGCAGCCGCCAGCCACAACUCAGGUCCAUCGGCCGGGGGAGCGUCGCAGGGAGCUGGUGAGGUCGCAGACGCUGCCCCGCACCUCGGGGGCGCAGGCCCGGAAGGCAUUGUUUGAGAAGUGGGAGCAGGAGACCGCGGGCAAGUACGGAUGCCCACCCACAGACGGGGAGGGGAAGCCCGGAUGCCCACUCACAGAUGGGGGAGGGGAAGCCCGGAUGCCCACUCACAGACGGGGAGGGGAAGCCCGGAUGCCCUCUCACAGAUGGGGAAGGGAAGUACGGAUGCCCACUCACAGAUGGGGAAGGGAAAUACGGAUGCCAACUCACAGACGGGGAGGGGAAGCCCGGAUGCCCACUCACAGACAGGGAGGGGAAGCCCGGAUGCCCACUCACAGAUGGGGAAGAGAAGUACGGAUGCCCACUCACAGACGGGGAAGGGAAGUACGGAUGCUACUCACAGACGGGGAGGGGAAGCAUGGAUGCCCACUCACAGAUGGGGAGGGAAAGUACAGAUGCCCACUCACAGAUGGGGGGAGGGGAAGUACGGAUGCCCACUCACAGACGGGGGAGGGGCAUGUACGUAUGCCCACUCACAGAUGGGGGGGCAUGUACAUAUGCCCACUCACAGACGGGGGGUGGGGCAGUACAGAUGCCCACUCACAGAUGGGGGAGGGGAAGUACAGAUGCCCACUCACAGCGGAUGCCUGCUACCAGGCCUCGAGAGACGAGGGCUCCAGGCCUCGAGGCUCCCUGGGCUCCAGCCGCCUCUGCAUAUUCAGCCUGUCUUCGUGUCAGUUCCUGGUAUUGAUGCCUGCUGCGUGCAGGGUGUGGCCCAGGCCUUGUGGGAUGAUGAAGAUGCCAGCCAGUCCCUGCUCAACUCUAGUGAGGGAGGCCAACUGAGGACGUGUCCCCACUCACCCCAAACAACCUGGUCCCGACCGUUAGGGACUGUUCUUGGGGCCCAGAAGAGGAAAUCAUCCCUCCUGGUUAGGAAGGAGCCAUCAGGGAAGGAGGCCCUCCAUUAGGAGAGGGGCUCAGAAGGAGGCGGGGGAGGAAGGAACAGGGAAAGGAGUUCCAGGCAGAAGGCAGGGCCUGGGGCUAUGUGGGUGGGCCAGGGUCUUCGGUCUCAGGAUUCCCAAGGGACCCCUGCUUCCUGGGGUGGGAAGUAGACAGGGGACCUAGAGGGCGCUUUGGGUGAGGAUGGUCCCACCACAUACCAUCAAAGGAGGCUGUGUGGCUGGUGUACGGGGCCGUGCCGUGGACAUGGGCACAGCUGAGCCUGCGUGCUGUCGGCAUCUCUCCUGGGUGAGCAGAGGGAGCGGGGGCCUCCUCCCUGGGGGUGCAGGGACUGCCUCCCCUGUCCUGGACCCGCGGUGGGAGAUGGUGGCUGGAGGCCCCCGCAGCAGGCCUGCGCUCUCUCUGCAGGGGGAAAGGCGAGGCCCGGGCCCGGCUGAAGCGAUCGCAGAGCUUCGGUGUGGCCAGCGCC